CACACAGAGCUGCACCCCAAAGUGGGGCACUCAGCUCUGACUCAUUGGACUACAGUCCACUGGUGUAAACAGGCAGAAAAGAGUACAGUACUGCUCUGAAUUCAAUUUGUUGUUUCAAAGUGGGAUAUUUUCUGUGAGUCACCAUGAAGCCAGCAGUGGUUCUGCUGGGCCUCGUCCUCCUUCUGGAGACCACCUUUGCUGCAGAAGAGUCCUGUGUGGGUCACUGUGGCACAUUCAAGCCGCAGAGGAAAUGUCAGUGUGACUCCAUGUGUGUGUACUAUGGAAGCUGUUGUGGGGACUUUGAUGUGACAUGCCCGAAAAAAGUUGCUCGUGGCGACACCUUCGAGGAAGUAACAGAGGUUGGGAUGGCUCCUAUCGAGAGUGCUACAACCUUCACACCGACUUUCAACGCAGUCCCAACAGAGGUAGUAAUGACUUCUGUCGACGGUGAUACAACUCCCACACUGACUUCCAACACAGUCCCUGCCACUUUUCCAUCAGCUAGCACAGUAAGGCCCACGCCACCUGUAAACCCUGACGCAGUGGGGUGCAGUGGUCGACCUUUUGAUGCUUUCCUACAGCUGAAGAAUGGCUCGAUCUACGCGUUUAGAGGUGACUAUUUUUUUGAGUUGGAUGACAGGUCCAUACUUCCUGGUUACCCCAAACUCAUACAGGAUGUGUGGGGAAUCUCUGGGCCCAUUGACGCUGCAUUCACACGGAUCAACUGCCAGGGAAAAUCCUACAUCUUUAAGGGAAACCAGUACUGGAGGUUUGAUGGUGACGUCCUGGAUGCGGACUAUCCACGAGACAUUUCAGUCGGCUUCGAUGGCAUACCAAAUGGCGUUCAAGCUGCGUUUGCCAUACCAGCACCAAGUCACCGUGGCAAAGAGAAAGCGUACUUUUUCAAAGGGGACCAGUACUACCAGUAUCAGUUUAAGCACCAGCCUUCCCAUGAGGAGUGCGUCCGCAUGACCAGGUCCUCCCCAUCGGUGCUGUUCACACAAUACACAGACCUCUUCUGCGAUCAGACGUGGGAGGAUUUCUUCACAGAGCUCUUCGGAGGCGCCACGGCCAGCAGUGACUACAGAGGCCCUCGUUUAAUCAGUAAAGACUGGCAGGGCCUCAGGCCCCCCAUAGACGCUGCCCUGGUUGGUCGAGUCUAUUUCAGUCCAAAGCCCACAUCUCCUCCACCAGCGAGGAGGCGGAGCAGUCGGAGGAAGAAGCCCAGCAAGAAGCGUGGACGAGGAAGGCAGAGUCGCCAUGUGUUUGAUGAUUUGUGGGGUUAUGAUGAUUGGUUUGACUACCCCGACUACAGCGACAUCAUCGAUGAGACCACCACGCAGGAGUACAAAACCACUCCUGUUCAAAAUGUGUAUUUUUUCAAGAAAGAUAAAUACUACAGAGCGGAUCUACAGACAAAACAUGUGGACUGGGUCUACCCUCCUUACCCACGAUCCAUUGCGAAAUACUGGCUGGGCUGCAAGCAUGAGGACGCACCUGACGCAUCAAGGGCAGAGAAGAGAUAGGCCAGCUGGUUGAGUCCUGUGUUUCAAACACACGUCAUAGAGUAAUCACAGUAUAAACUAACAACUUUUGUUAAUUUUGUUAACUCCCUUUAUCUAACCCACAUUCUCACCUUAACCUUGAAGGCUUAAAAAAAUCCUUUAAGCAGCCAACAUACUAUGACACAGACUAAUAUCUCUUCACAGAACAAUGUCCUCAUUCUGAAGGCCUAAAGUGAGUUCACACUGGAACGUGAGAUAUGCACACACUGCCCCCUGCUGAUCCCCUGAUGUAUCCACAUGCAUCCCUAAUAAAGGAUAAUUGCCUGUC